UUUACGAUAAAAAAAAAUCUUUUCAGGGAGACUUUUAAAUUCAAUAGCAAUCACUUAAAACCCUUAUAAUCGAUCAACGGACUGCUCCCGGCUCGUCUUAGUCCUUAGAUGUGUAUGCGGAGUAGAUGUGUACGCUCUAAUUUAUGAAUAAAUUUAGAGCUUUUUGUGCUUGUUUUGGUUUUAUGAGCCUAUUAUAAUUAUAGUACUGGUGGGUAGAGGCUGUAAGAGCUCGCCAACAAUUACACCGUUCAUUCAAUAAUGCAAUCAUACACUCGUGUUCUGCUAAACCAUUGUUUAAUUAUUCAUGCAUUCACCUUCCCCGUAGUACAUGGUUCAUAAAGAAGAGUUUUUUUCUCUGAAAGUAUACAGUAAUAAUGUGAUCCGUCAUGAAACCUACACCGCACAGUACCGUUUCUUAGCCGCACGCGAGUACAUUGCAAUCAUGAACAUUUCACCUGCGCCGGGAAUAUUUCAACCCAAGCCGGUUCGUGUUUCCCAGCUACCGCGCUAUCGAAACCGCCAACAAAACAGAACAACCUUCGGCAAAGCCAAGGGAAUUGGUAAACUCGUGUGGGAUGCUGUACGCGAUACGUUCUACGACUUUGCGUCCAUGUCCAAAAUCCAUGGCAUGUACUAUCUGCAGCGACAGGUUACAACCGGAUUCGUGCGACUGCUUUGGAUCGCCAUCAUAGUAGCCUUCUUCGUCUUCGGCAUCGUACUGAUCUACCUGCUGUGGCAGAAGUUUGUCGAUUCGCCGACGCGUAUGACGAUUGCGUCCGAGAUGAAGAUUGUACAAGUUCCCUUUCCCGGCAUAACCCUGUGCCAUCCACAGAGUGUGGUCGACUAUAAGGCGGAACGAUUCGUAGAAAAGAUCAAACUGCCUCUCGGUGCGACGAAAGAAUCCGUGAUCAAAAAUUUACCUUCGCUGGGCUAUUUCACCGAGCAUCAGUGGACCUUUCCCAGGCCGCAAGACUUGCGGAUGAUUGACAACGUGCUGCAGCUGAACAACUACACCAUCGAGCAGGCCAUCGAUGAGCUGGGCAUGAUUUGUGAGGAUUUCAUACUGGUGUGCUACUGGGCGGGCAAGCAGUUCCCCUGCUUUGCCAAACACGCAUUCCUCGGGUGGAUAGGUUCCACGAGCCAUUACGGUGCGUGCUGCUCCUUCAACUAUCACCCAAACGUGCGCGGAAACAAGGACCCGUUCGUCGUCAAUACGUACGGCAUGCACGGGGGCCUGAGCGUCAUCGGCACCGGCUACCCGCAGGCAUCGGACGGCAAAUCAGGGGCACUCUACUCGGAAGGCUUUAUGCUCAUGAUACACCAUCCACACGAUUUCGCCGUCGAGGCGUCUCCACUUACCUUGAUACGCUUGGGUAAGGAGACGUUCGUUAAUGUUCUACCGACGGACUCGCGCUGCUCGGAGCAGGUCCUAGCACUACCCCAAAGCCAGCGAGAUUGUAUCGUCGGGAGCGACUUCAGUCCGCCGAUCGAAAGGUACCGCCAGCCAGCAUGCACGCUCGAAUGCUUGCGGAACGAGGUGCACCGAAAGUGCGGAUGCCAUCCGUUCCAUCUGCCCCGACCGAUGGUCGGUCGUAAUGGACAGGGCAUUAGAAACUGCACUGUCUACGAUUCAAUGUGUUUUGUAGAAAAUUACUAUAUGUUUAAAAGAUUGCAAUGCAAUUGCUUACCGUCGUGCAGUGAUGUAACGUACAAAACGGCCUCGAUUGUUUCCAACUUUUCUGCCUACAACUUUUCGAUUAAUCCGUUUUAUAAAGAAACGAAUCUCACUGAUUUUGAGUUCAUUUUCCACAUCUUUAUGAGCAAUCAGGUCGUGGCAGCCAACAGAAGAAUUGUCGUUGUGUCGUGGAUUUCGCUUCUGUCCAAUCUUGGUGGAGCAUUCAGCUUGUGUCUUGGCAUUAGCGUUCUCUCAUUGUUUGAAGUGUUGUUUUUCUCUAUUUUUCGUUUGAGAAAAAUGUAUCACAAACUAAAGCAGCGCCAGGAGCAGCAGAUCAAGCUUGUUGCUCCCUUCGCACGGUUGCAGAAAUUUUGAACGCAGGGUUUUUUGUAACGGUCUUAAUACAAUGUAUUGUUUGUUUGUUUGUUAUUUUGCAAAUAAUGAUUCAACAGUUUUUAUUUAUAUUUAGAUUGUACUGGUAUUAACGUUUAUUUUGUGUUGUUACAAUUUUCGUUUUGGUAAGAAACUUUACCAGCAAAAUUCUUGCAUCGCAUCAAUGCCACUAAUUUCACACUACACACUUUAUAUGAUGAGGUAGAGUAUUUAUCAUUGCAUAUCGAUUAACAAUUCUUCUUGCUUGGAAAGAAACACAAACGAACAUGAUUUGUAGUGAUUGUUGUGUGGUGUUGUAAUUUUUAUUGUUGAAUAAUUUGUUUUACGUCUGUCAAAUAACUACAUGCUUUCACGUCACUAACAAACUAGU